AUGGACUACUUGGAACUACACUUUGCUGAAACCGCCCCCCCAGCGCCAGGGAGGGGCGAGAAACCACCCGCGAUGGACUGGGCCGCGCAACCUUUAUACGAUAUAGACAACGUGAUCACGAUCGAGCACAUGCCAGUUAAGUUCACCCUGCUCGGCUGCCGGCAGAUCUACCAGAUCAUCCGAGCGAAGAAUCUCAACCUGAUUGCAGCCGCCCACACCACCGAAGGCUGGGCCGCCUCCUUAACGCAGAAGCUCGAACCCCAACCGUACGAGCCCCUAGGCAUCGCAGCCAAAAUCCUCUAUACUGAUGACGAUGGAGUCGUCAGUCCGCGCUACCUAGUCUAUCAGGAAUGCCACGUCCUCUGGGGAGCCGAAGUAGCCUAG